AAUAAUUUAGAAACAUUGGCCGAAUUCAAAAUGAAGGUGAAAAAUAUGAUGCCACGUGAAAAAUCGUAUCUCCUUGAUGAGUUGGCAUUAGAAAGAGGUCAUGAGGUGAUACGACUUCCUCCCUAUCACUGCCAGUAUAACGCUAUUGAGUUGAUUUGGGCUCAAGUUAAAAAUGAAGUUCCCAAAAAAAAUAACACUUUCAAGAUGGUAGACAUUGAACGUUUGACUCAUGAAGCGUUAGAUUCAGUGACUGUACAAGAUUGGGAGAAAUGUGUACGAUAUGCAGAAAGUAUUCAAACCCAAGAAUAUGAAAGAGAAGUUCACAGGGAUGCCAUAUUAGAACCCAUUAUAUUAACCAUAUUACCAGGUGAUAGUGAUUCGAGUGAUGAUGACACAGAUAAUGAUGAUGAUUAAGCUAUUUAUAUAUAUAUAUUAUAUAUGACAUAUUUGGUAACUAAUUUCGACCCAAAAAUGGACUUAAAACAGAGUAAAAAAAAAAAAACUUAUAGACAAUUACUCCUUAGGUACGUCAGAUAAGCUUUUAAUCAAUAUCAACUUCAAAUUUGAAAAAAAAAAAAUUUCGGACUUAAUGGGUUAAUUUGAUUCUUUUGUUCAAUUUUACUCAUUCUCAAAUAAGAAAUGGACAACGAACACCUAGCCUGUUCCAGUAGUAAUGUCGAUAUAGACGAUAUCGACAUUAACGAAAAUUUAAAUUGCAAUAAUUCAUAUUCUUAUUUUUAUACUUAUGAUGAUUUAUAUCAACUAUUAAAAAAUAGAGGUCCAUUAAAUCCUCACUCUAUAAAAUCAAGAAGAUACUUACUCGAAAUGUUUAAGGCUAGAUACGAAAUUGAAGAAUGAAAUUUGCAUUAUACAAAAUUAGUUGAACAAUUAAUUUUGAAGUUUACUUUGGUUUUAUAAAGAUUUUGGACGAAAACCUCACGGAACCAUAUAAAAUGUAUUCAAGCUAACAGUGAGUGGCUUAAAUGUGAACUUGAACUACCUUAACAAGAACAAAACAAAACUAUAGGAAGACCAGUCAAAGAUUUUGAAAAUAGUUGUGAAAGAUCGAAACGGAAUAAAAUUAAAACAAUAAUAAAUAUAUUUUCUUCUUCUGAAAUGAUACAAGCUACACAAACUUCACUUCAUUCAUCUGGAAAUAGAACUGCAGCUUAUUUAUUAAAAGAGUCAAUUAAAACACCUACUAGAGCAUUAAAAAUUAAAAAAGUGUACGUAUUCAUUGAAUGUAAUUAUUCCGUACACAAAUGACGAAGUUCUAGCUUUUUUCUUGGACAACAAUUUAACCAAACAGCAAUAUAUUAAUAUUCGACUCUCUGCUAAAAAAAAAAUGUUAAUAUUUAUUCUACUUAUGAACAAAUUUUAGAAGCAAAAAGAAAGUGUUAUCCUAUAAACAUACAAGUUAAGGAAACAGCUUGUGAAAUCAACAUAUAAGAUCUUUUUGAUCAUACAAUUGUUUGAAUUUUUACAAUCCCAUCUCUGUCAAAAAUAGAAAACCGAAUGCAUAAUUUUGAAAUAAUAUAUAAAUGGGGUUGUGACGGUAGCAGUGGGAAAGCUCAAUACAAGCAAAGAUAUUUUUUUGUGAAUACUACAAACGAUGUAUGUGAUGGUGACUUAUUUUUAUUUUCGUUAGUUCCAUUACAAUUGCAGUGUAAUGUUGAAAAUAAUAAAAUAGUUUUAUGGAAAAAUCCUCGGCCCUCAUCGACAAGAUUUUGUAGGCCAAUUAAAUAUAAGUUCAAAAAAGCAACUGCUCAAACUACUUUGGAAGAGUUAAAAAUUGUUGAAGAUCAAAUCAAAAGUAUAGUUCCUAUAACUAUAAAGAUUGAUGACAAUAACUUAAAUGUAAAACAUACGUUGGUUUUUACAAUGAUAGAUGGAAAGGUUUGCAAUUCAGUAUCCAAUACUUCAAGCCAAACAUAUUAUAUCUGUGGCAGUAGUCCUAAAAAUAUGAACAAUAUCGACUCCAUCCAAGUAAAAUACAUUGAAAAUACUAAACACUUUGGGUUUGGACUAUCCACUCUUCACGCAUGGAUUAGGUUUUUGGAAUGUAUUUUACACAUAUCUUAUAGACUGGAAAUUAAAGCUUGGCAGAUUAAGUCUCCAGAAAAUAAAGUGAAUUUUAACAAUAGAAAAAAAAUGAUUCAAAAUAAAUUCAAAUCAGAACUAGGAUUACUAGUCGAAAUAGUAUUGCAAGGAACAACGAAUGAUGGAAAUACAGCUCGUAGAUUUUUUAAAAAUUGUGAAAAAUCCUCUGAAAUAACAGGUGUCGACUUAAAUUUAAUUAAACGCUUUGGAACUAUUUUGAAAUCGAUGGCAAGUGGUUAUGAAAUUAAUAUAAAUGCAUUCCAACAGUACACUAUGGAUACAGCAAAACUAUAUGUUAAACUAUAUCCUUGGUAUUAUAUGCCUGCUAGUCUCCAUAAAAUUUUAAUACAUGGAGCUACUGUUAUUGAAUCUGCGUUACUUCCUAUAGAGGAAGCCCAGGAGGCCAGAAAUGAGGACUACAAAAAUUAUCGUGAACAUCAUUCACGAAAAAUUAGUAGAUUAGCUCAAAAUGAAGACGUUCUGCAUUUUUUAUUACUUUCUUCAGAUCCAUACAUUUUCUCAAUACGCAACACACCAAAAAAAAAAAAGGAUGUUGUUGGAUAAUGAAGAUUCUCCAGACGAAUCACUAUCAGAUGAUUUAAAUCCAAGAAAAAAGUGUGUUAAGAGAAAACAAUGUUUUAAGGAUGAUUGGACCAU